UCACGCUCCCACGGUCUCACUCUCACCCCCAAACCCAAAUCCCCAAACCCUAACCACAGCACCUACCUCCUCCUCCGCCGCCGCCGCCGCCAUGGCAGGAGCAGGAGUCGGCGGCCGCAAGGCUCGCAACUUCGCGACCUUUCGCCUAUUCCCCCGCGACGGUGCCGCCGACCCCAACGACCGCGUCUUCGUCCGCGUCGACAACAACGCCUACACCAUCCCCGGCUUCGGCGACGACGAAGACCCUUCCCUCUCCCCCACCGCCGCCGCCGACCAAUUCCCUUCCUCCACCUCUGCCCCCCUCCCCGACCACGUCCGCCAGCAGAUCCUUGAGCUCGGCCUCCCCGACGAUGGCUACAACUACCUUCUCCAUCUCCGUGAGCUGCGGCCCUCCGCUGUGGCCUCCUCCUUCGUGCCCAGCCAUACCGCCCGCCCAGAGCAACUUCCCCUGGACGUCAAGGCCUAUGAUGCAAGCAAGGUGCGGGUUGCUUCUGGCAAGGUCGAGGAAGAGCUGGACGAGGGGAGGACCAUGUGUAAGGUGGCCGCAAAGACGGCACCGGUGAGGCGAGUUGAGAAGGCCGUCGACCCUGACGUUGCAAGGUUGCUCGAUGAGAGCGAGGAUGAGGGUUUGGAGGAGGAUUUCGUCAUCAUGGCAAACCAAGCCGAAGGGGAUGACAUGGAGGAUGAAAGUGAGGAAGAGGGUGGUGGUGUGUUCAGUGAUGUGGAAAAUGAUGAGGAGUUCGACAAUGAAGAGGAUGAGCCCAAGCCGAGGGUGCCACGAUUGCUGGAUGAACAAUUUGAUUUGCUUGCUCUGGAAGAGUAUGGAGCUAGUGAUGAUGAUGAUGGAGCUGUUAGAGAUGGGGAACAUGAACUCCCAACAGAGGUUAUAGAUGAAUUGAAGUUGUUCCACAAUCAAAAUGUAUGUGUUGAUGAAGAAUAUAGAACACCAGCAGAUUUUGUUCGUGGAAAACUUGACUCAACCACCGCUGAGGAGGUGGAUGAAUCUGCUAAUGUGAUCCAAAAGUGUGCUGAAUAUGCUGAAAGGUAUUUAAAUGAAACUGCAGAAGAUGAAGAGGUCUUGCUUGUUUCAGAAAGCAGUGAUGAAUCUGAAGUUUGGGACUGUGAGACCAUUGUUUCCACGUACUCUAACUUGGACAAUCAUCCUGGCAAAAUUCAAACUCCAGGAAAUCCUAGAAAUCGUCUUCCCAAAGUUUUCCCUGGGGAAACAGCAACAACGAAAGAUAUCAUCAAGCUUCAUGGUAAAGAGAAACUUCCUGUAGAUUACCUGCCACAGAGGAAAAGAAAAGUUGAAAAGGAGAAGAAAGCAAAGCCCACAGAAGCUUCAGAUGCUGAAUAUUAUUUUGAAAAGGUAGUAGUUCAGAAGGAAACAAAAGAUGAAAAGAAAGCUAGAAAGUCCGCGGUAAAAGAAGAGAAGAGAGAAGCCCGGAAAGCAAAGAAAGAGCUGAAAGAACUGUAUAAAUUUGAAACACAGAAGGCUCAGAAAGUUGCCGCUGUUACAGGACCAUCUUCCAUACGGCUAAUUUUGUUGGGCGGAGGCGCGAUGGAUCUCCCGCGGAAGGGCAGCAUCAAGUCGUACGGCGCGUCGCGCUCCGCGUCCUUCGACUUCGACCAGGACCAGGACCGCGGGCGCCGGGAGGUCGUCGUCAAGAUCAACGACGACGUCGCCAUCGCCGGCGUGGGCGCCAGCUCCUUCUCCCUCAAGGCGCCCGCCGGGCCGGCCUACACCGCCGUCCCCGUGACCGGCUCGGGCGGGUCCAGCGCGCCGGCCUCGCCCACCGGCGCGGGGAGCCGCUUCGCCGAGUCGUUCAGCUUCAAGAACCGCCCGCCGCAGUCCCCCCCGUCGCCGGCGAGGGCCGAGGGGGAGUGCAGCGACGACCCGCCCGGCCGCCUCAUCGACAACUUCCUGCGGAAGCAGGCCGCUGCCGGCGGCGACCAAGCGCUGGACCCCGAGCUCGAGAUGGAGGAGAUGCGGCGGCUCCUUAACGUCCCCUCCCCUUCCCGCGUCGCCUUCCAGCAGGACCCGCGCAAGCGCUUCUGCCCGUCGGGCUCCUCCUCCUCCUCGUCCGACGGCGGCGGCGCCAACACCCGGAAGAAGGCCGCCGCCAAAGCGGGAGCAGGAGCCGACCCCGCCGAGGUGCUACGCUGCUCGUCGUCGUCCACGGCCGGCGGUCUGCUGCCGCGCUGCAAGACGCGGUCCCGGCUAAUGGACCCCCCACCGCCGUCGAGCGGGUCGACCACCGAUGGGGAGCAGCGCGACCGCAAGUCGUUCGUGAUGCAGGGCGGCGUGCCGCCCAAGUCCGGGCAGCUCCGGUCGGGCAUCCUCAACCGGUCGGGCUUCCUCGGCAAGGCCGGCGGGCACGACGUGGAGGAGGAGGACGACCCGUUCGUGGACGAGGACCUCGCCGCCGACUCCAAGCCCGACACGGUGGACUGCCUCAUCAUCCUGGAGUGGGUGGGCCUGGUGAUCAUCCUGGUGCUGCUGGUGUGCAGCGUCACCAUCCCGACCCUGGCCAGGAAGAAGUUCUCGGGGCUCCACCUCUGGAAGUGGGAGGUGCUCGUCUGCGUGCUCAUCUGCGGCCGCCUCAUGUCCGGCUGGCUCAUCCGCAUGGCCGUCUUCUUCGUGGAGCGCAACUUCCUGCUCCGGAAGAAGGUGCUCUACUUCGUGUACGGCGUGCGGCGCGCCGUGCGCAACGUGCUCUGGCUGGGCGUGGCGCUGGUGGCGUGGCACCUGCUCUUCGACAAGGACGCGCAGCGGGAGCAGGACACGCACGCGCUGGUGCUCCCCUACGUCACCAAGGUGCUCUGCUGCCUGCUGGUGGCCACCGCCAUCCGGCUGGUGAAGACGCUGCUGCUCAAGGUGCUCGCCUCCUCCUUCCACGUCUCCACCUUCUUCGACCGGAUCCAGGACGCGCUCUUCAACCAGUACGUCAUCGAGACGCUCUCCGGCCCGCCCUUGGUGGACGAGAACCGCAUGCUCGCAGAGGUGCAGCGCCUGCAGAGCGCCGGGGCCAACAUCCCCAGCGAUCUCCAGGCAGCGGCCAUGCCCAGCAAGGCCACCGCCGCCGCCGCUCAGGCGCCGCCCAAGGGCGCGCGGCUCACGGCGGCGGCGUCCCGGAGAGGGGCCAGCAAGCAGCUGCAGAGGCAGAAAAGCGAUCGGCACCUGGAAGAGAGCUCCAUCUCCAUCGACCAGCUCCACAGGCUGAGCCAGAAGAACAUCUCCGCGUGGAGCAUGAAGAGGCUGAUGAAGAUCGUCCGCUACGGCGCGCUGACGACCAUGGACGAGCAGAUCAAGCACGCCACGGGGCCGGACCAGGAGGACGAGCUGGCCACGCAGAUACACAGCGAGUACGAGGCCAAGGUCGCCGCCAAGAGGAUCUUCCAGAACGUCGCCAAGCCUGGAUCCAAGCACAUAUACCUGUCGGACCUGAUGCGCUUCAUGAGGCAGGAGGAGGCCCUGAAGGCCAUGGACCUCUUCGAGGGGGCGCAGGAGCAGAACAGGGUGAGCAAGCGGUCGCUCAAGAACUGGGUGGUGAACGCGUUCCGGGAGCGCAAGGCGCUCGCGCUCACGCUCAACGACACCAAGACGGCCGUCAACAAGCUCCACCACAUGGCCAACGUCGUGGUGGCGCUCAUCGUGUUCGCGCUCUGGCUCCUCAUCCUCGGCUUCGCCACCACCAAGACCUUCGUCUUCCUCAGCUCGCAGCUCCUCGUCGCCGCCUUCAUCUUCGGCAACACCCUCAAGACCAUCUUCGAGGCCAUCAUCUUCCUCUUCGUCAUGCACCCUUUCGACGUCGGCGAUCGGUGCGAGGUCGACGGGAUGCAGGUGGUCGUAGAGGAGAUGAACAUCAUGACCACCAUCUUCCUACGGUAUGACAACCUCAAGGUCUACUAUCCCAACAGCAAGCUCGCUACCCUGCCCAUCAUGAACUACUACAGGAGCCCCGACAUGGGAGACGCCGUCGACUUCUCUGUCAACGUCGCCACGCCGCCGGAGAAACUGGCCCUCAUGAAGGAGAGGCUGAUGCACUACCUUGACAACAAGAAAGAGCACUGGUACCCUGGCUCCAUGGUCGUGCUCCGCGACAUCGAUGACACCAACAGGCUCAAAAUAUCCAUCUGGUGCCGGCACACCAUCAACUUCCAAGACAUGGGGAUGAGGUUCGACAGGAGGGAGCUCAUUCUCCAAGAGAUGAUGAAGAUCUUGAGAGAUCUUGACAUCGAGUACCGGAUGCUGCCGCUCGACAUAAAUGUUCGCAAUGCGCCUCCCAUCAAUUCCACUAGGAUGCCCACGACAUGGGCAUUGAAUUUUUGAAAUUCGCUAUGAACACUUUGCUAGUUAGAUUGUGGAGUAAAGUUGCUAUGUAGUAGUUAUUUAGUAGAUUCAACUUUGAGCUACAUGUUUGUUGCACUGUGAUAGUUUGAACU